UAGAUAUUUGGAAGACACAUAAAGAGAUUGAUUUUAUCCGGUAAGAAAUGGCAAUGGCGAGUGGAUGUUGCUGCCGCCGUUAUUUGCCAGACUCCAAUUCCUUCUGUGCCUCCUCCGCCGACAACCACCGUCUUCGUUUGAGGCGAGCUGUAACCGUUUCCGUUUCCGCUUCUGUUUCUACCUCCAACGACGAUGAUAACACUCGCGCUUCUAGCAGUGGAAGAAGAAGCCAAGCCGCCGUCAAAGGCUCCGGAACCACCGCCAGAACUCGCAGAUUGCUCAGAAUUCGCGAAGAGAAGCAGCAGCGGGAACACGACCGCGUCCACAACUACCCUGCUUGGGCAAAAGUCCUGGAAAAUGCUUGCAAAAACGACACCGAACUCCGUGCUGUUCUUGGAGAUAGCGUUGGCAACCCUGAACUCAUGAGGAAGCGGGUGGAAGAGAGAGUACGGACGAAGGGGAGAAACUUUAGUAAAUCAAAAACAGGAUCUGUGGUUGCUUUCAAAGUCAGCUUUAGAGACUUCAAUCCAACUGAUUCAUAUAUCUGGUUUGAAUUGUAUGGAUCACCAUCUGAUCAGGACGUUGAUCUAAUUGGUAGUGUUAUUCAGUCAUGGUAUGUCAUGGGUCGCCUUGGGUCCUUCAAUUCUUCAAAUUUGCAGAUGUCAAAUUCAUCAAUGGAGCAUGACCCUCUAUACGAUGCGGAGCAGGGUUUUAAAGUGAUGCCAUCAUCUUUCCAUGAUAUCAGUGACAUUGAGUUCCAGGAUAACUGGGGACGUGUUUGGGUGGACCUGGGUACAUGUGAUUAUUUAGCAAUUGAUGUGCUUCUCAACUGCCUAACUGUCUUAAGCUCAGAAUAUCUUGGUAUCCAACAAGUUGUUUUUGGUGGUCGCUGCAUGGGUGAUUGGGAAGAGGGGAUGACAGAUCCUGGGCAUGGUUACAAAUACUUCAAGAUAUGAACUGAAAUAGACGCAAUUCAUAUCAUUACUUGCUCUGUGCUUUCGAUUGGUUGAAAAAAAAUGUCAGCAAGAGGUUCAAUAACUUUGCAUCGAUGAUAAAACAUGUUCUCUGGUUUGUGUUUGUGUUUGUGUUUGUGCAAUCCUUUGCUUGAAUCUUCAUGUACAAAUAUUUAAAUUCCAUCCAGUUCCUAGUUGUUCUUGGUUACUACAUGCCCCAUAGGAUUUUUUGUACAAUUCUAAGCUAGAAAGCUUGAGUAUCAGCUGUGUUGUGGCUGAUAUUAGAAAGAAAAGACUUAGUGAUGGGAAUUAAAUAGCUUCAAAUGGGCAUGCAGCUUGUGAAAUGUUUUCCAUUUGAAAUCUUAUAUUGAUGAAGUAUCAAACUUGUUCAUGAAA